AAAAAGUUAGCUUGAUUGUGAUUACGAUGUUUUCCCAUUGUUUAUUCAGAAUGUGUUCAUUUCUUGUUCUGUAUAGCAAUUUAAAAAUUAUUUUAAAUCAUGAAACAGAAGUUUGGUUCCAAUAAUUGCGUCGAGUAUUUUGAUAUGAAACCAUCGACAUCCUUGUGAGCUAAGAAGAAGAUAGGAGUAUUUCUCUAAUGCUUGAAAGUGUUCUCCGUGUUGGAAUUGUUACCUCGCUGCAAAAUUAUUCUUGAAAUGCGAAAAAAUUGUGUGGCCAAAGGAUGUAAAUCUUCGGAAGAAGAUAGCCGGAAUGUUUCGUUAUUUAAGUUCCCGCACCACGACGCGACCCUCCUGGAGCGCUGGGAGCGAGCGGUGGACCGGCCGGGCUGGCGGCCGCGCCCCGAGAGCCAGCUGUGCAGCGACCACUUCGCGGCGGAGAGCUUCGUGCCGGGCCCGGACCGACCCCGCGCCCUGCGCCCGGACGCCGUGCCGCGCCCUGCCCCCGCCGCCCUCCAGGAGACCGAGGUGACGGAUGCAGACUACCAGCAGCUUGUGUCUUACGAUGAGUUGGAGGAGAUGAAUGACGAGGACAUGUUCUCUGAGUCGUCCGGGCUGGAGGAGUACUGCCGGGUGUGUGCGACGCGUGGCUUCGGCAAGCUGUACCCGAUCUUCGGGCGCCAGAGCGAGGAGUGGCGAGUUUUGGAGAAGAUAAGUUCCUGCCUGCCCAUCACGGUGUCGCACACGGACAAGAUCUCGCUGCACAUCUGCGCGGGCUGCCUGCGCAAGCUGGACGCCAGCUACGACCUGGUGGUCACGGCCCUGGACUCGGACGCCUCCUUCCAGGAGCGCUUCCCGCCCGACUGGUGGAACCCGGCCCAGGUGUCCUUCGCCGACUGCGACAGCGACGAGGACGGCAGUGAGCCCGAGCUGUGUCGGGUCAAACAAGAGCUCGUGGCUGUCAAGGAGGAGGAGGAGGAGGAAGACGACAUGGGGGGCAGAGGGGCCGGCUCCGUGCAGAUAGACGGCCCGGCCACGUGCGACAUCUGCCUGCGCACGUUCGACGACAUGGAGGUGUUUGACGAGCACGUGCUGAGCGAACACCGCCCGGGCCAGCGGUGGCCGUGCCCGCUGUGCGACCUGGGCUUCGACGACGCAGGCGCGCUGCUGGCCCACAGGGCGGGCGCCCACGCGGACGAGAUGGCCGCCUGCCGCGCCUGCUCCGUGGGCGUCGGCUUCUGCUGCGAGCCGUGCGACGCCUGGUUCCCCACGGCCGCGGAGACGCGCGACCACUGCCUGGCCCACGGCGCCCUCGGGCCAGGACGGCUGGAGCCCGCGGCCUCCGCUCCGGGCGACAUGACCUGCCUCACUUGCAACAAGUCCUUCAGCAACGAGGCCAUAUUCCGCAAGCACAGGAACCUGCACGACCCCAGGUGCUGGGACCAGUUCCGCUGCAAGGUGUGCCAGCGGCCGUGCCGAGACGCCGAGGCCCUGCGCAGCCACGCCGCGCUGCACACGGGCAACAAGCCCCACAUGUGCGACAUGUGCGGCCGCACCUACAACCGCUACGCCAACAUGCUGAAGCAUCGCAAGCAGCACAAGCCGAGCGCGCAGUGGAAGCACCGCUGCCAGCCGUGCGACAGCACGUUCGAGCACAUGCGCGACCUGUCCGCGCACAUGCAGUCCGUGCACGGCCUGAGCCAGACCGGCGCGGACGGGGUCAAGAAGAAGCCUGCCGUGAAGUGGGUGUGUCGCUUCUGCGGGAAGGUCAUCUCCACCAAGCUCAGUCUGCAGGACCACGAGCGCAUCCACACGGGGGCCAAGCCCUUCGUGUGCGAGUGGUGCGGGCGAGAGUUCCGGUCGCGCCCCAACCUGCUGCAGCACCACCUGACGCACACGGGCGACCGGCGCCACGCCUGCGGCAUCUGCGGCAAGCGCUUCUCGCGCAAGUCCUUCAUCACGCAGCACAUGCGCGUGCACACGGGCGAGAAGCCCUUCGUGUGCGACAUCUGCGGGCACCGCUUCACGCAGGCUGGCGACAUGCGGCGCCACCGCAAGCGCCACGCUGAGGCGCGCGAGGAGGUGGCCCUGGUGCUGCAGUUGGACCCCCUGCAGUAGCCCCCCUGUACCUUCCUGUCCGUUACUCUUGUACCUCCCAGUAUUUAUUCCAUAUUAAACAAUUUUUAAUGCA